AUUCCUCCUGGAUGCAGAAAAAGAAGAAAAAAAUGAUGCUGUUGUCUCGGGCCGGUGCACUCGGCUCCGGACGGUCAUUACCGGUAUUAAUUACCGUGCCUUGUUGCAGGAACUGGGUAUUAUACAUAUAACACCUGCAGCGGACCGCUGGGCGGACUGCUGAAACGACAGACCCGGUAUUGUCAUUACUGGUAAUAUGGAUACAAUGCAGGAUGAUGUCAUGGAGCCUUCAUCAGAUUCUUCCUUUUGCUCUCUGCAAUACACACUACAGUGUCCUCUCUACUCCCCCAUGUAAUUAGAAUUACGUGUCUGUACGCUGCUCUCUCUCCAAUACACACUACAGUGUCCUCUCUACUCCCCCAUGUAAUUAGAAUUACGUGUCUGUACGCUGCUCUCUCUCUUGUUCUUCUGCUUCCCUUUGUGUCAUCAUUUCACAAUCCCCCUGCGAUGAGGUCAAAAGCGGGGUAUGGAGUACCCCCAGAAAGGCAAAAUCGUGAAUGCUCCCCUCCGGAAUCUGCACUGCAUAUAUUAUGGGCCUAAAUAUGCGCCUACAAGCUUCAUCCCCACUCCGCUACAACCAUCGGCCAGAGAUGCCAGAGAUCUUCAGAUCUGCAUGCUAGCAUAAAGUAUCGCGAUCCAAUCUCACGGGGGGAGGUCCGCAAAAGCUGACGGUUCUUGAUCCUGUACUCGGUCUCUGUCGUGACUUGCUGUUUCACGUGAUCGAAUCACAUGUCUGCAGGUCGUUCCCAAUUUCCCGGAGUGUCAUCGGAUGAUCCUCAAGAUGGGAUGGAUGAAAGAAGGAAAAUGGAACGAGGAAGACAGGUUGCGUUCGGGCGGCAUACGUGGGACAGAGGAGGAUUCAGAUGGAGUGAUCGCGUGCAUGUUGGGCGUCAGCUGCGACCAGCGUAGCAAAUGGCGAGAGGCGCAAGCAGAGUCCCAGAACACCACUUCUGGUCAACAUCGAGGAGACUGCGGUUAGAAAUAGAGCUGCCCGAGUCUCCUGGUCAUUCCUACACCGAAAAAGCAAUGCCGCUCCAAGCUUCAGCCUAGUCUGUUUGCCCGCGCCAGUCGAGCCAGUAUUGCUCUUCCCAUUACAUAACAACGAGGCCAGGGUUUCAGAGAACUCUGUUUCGCUGCCAAAGUGAUAGAUAAUAUUAAAACUGCCGCACACCAUGAGAGGUGGUCGAGUCAUUCCACGAACACUGCGCUGUCACGUUCCUGCGGCCCGUCGCGUUAUUUUUAGACUUCAACCUGUCUCCAGACUAUCCACCAAAGCACCCGACAGCAGUCGCGAGAUAUUCGAAUACACAUCGGGCAGGUGGAUGUAAGUUUGAGUUUUUCCUACCCUGGAGACGCUGUACGUCUCUAAUAAUCUCAGUUACAAUGAAUCGCUGCGUUUGUCUGAACGGCGCCAUGCCCUUAAUGUCCACGAGCUCAAAAGAAUAGCUGCCCAGUCAGUCGAUCGCCAUGAAACUGACAUCAAGAGCUUCCACAAGCUCGCCGAAGGCGGCUUCAAUCGCGUCUUUGAGAUUACCAUGAAUGACAACACGCGAGUGCUCGCUCGCGUACCUUACCCGUCCACCCUGCCGAAGGGGCUAGCGGUGGCCAGUGAGGCGGCAACAUUGAGCCUACUUCGCUCCCAUGGUAUCCCUGUGCCCAAGGUGCUGGGCUAUUCAGCGACCUCUGAAAACCCUGUUGGCGCGGAAUACAUCAUCAUGGAGAAACUUCCCGGGAAGCCAAUUGGAGACGCAUGGUACUAUCUGCCCGAAGACGAGCGGCUCAAGGUCGUCCUGGGACUAGUGCUGCUUGAGGCAAAGCUCUUUGCUAUCGAACUCCCCGCAUACGGUAGUAUCUACUAUUCUGAUGACUUACCUCCGGAGAUGAGCCGCAUUGCGGUGCACCGACAGGACUCUAGCCAUUCUGAAAUCAGCGUUGGCCCUGAUUCUGCACUUAAGUGGUGGUCUAAGGAGCGCAGCUUGCUUCCCAUCGACCGUGGUCCGCAUACAAGCCCUACGGACUCUCUUGUAAGCAUUGCAAGAAAAGAGCUAGCGUGGCUACAAUCUUACGGACAGCCACGUCUUCCUUUCGAACGAGCUUACAGGGAGGACACAAACUAUCGGAAAUCAAUGCCCGAAGAACACAUAGAGACUCUCAGAAAGUAUAUGAGAAUUGCUCCAUAUCUCGUUCCAGAUGAUACCAGCCUCCACAGACCGACCCUCCGCCACCCUGACCUUCAGCCUAACAACAUCUUCGUUUCUGAGAAGUUCGAUAUCGUCGGCAUCAUCGACUGGCAACAUUCUUCGGUCCUACCACUGUUUCUCGCCGCCGGCAUCCCACAUCACCUCCAGAACUACCAUGACGAGGAAUCGCUACGGUUCGUACCGCCAAUAUUACCCGAGAACCUCGACAAUAUGAACGAAAGAGAACGCGCUGUCUCCCUGGAACAAUUCCGACGCCGGCAGCUCCAUUUCUACUAUCUCGGCUUCACCAAGAGGUUCAACAAACCGCAUUUCCAUGCCCUGGCCCAAGAAGACACACGUCUCUUGAAACGCAAAACAUUCAUCCAUGCGGGAGAUCCUUGGGAGGGAAACAAUAUCCCCCUCAAGGCGGAUCUGAUCCACAUCACCCGCUUCUGGGGAGAUUUCUCCAAGACACGAGACGGGACCGUUCCGCCCUGCCCCAUAUCCUUCGACACUGCCGAGGCAGAAGAGUGUCUCCGGAUUGAGAAAUCGCAAGAAGAGACAGAUACACAGCUUGAUCAGAUCCGCGGGAUGCUGGGGAUCGGGCUGGACGGCUGGACGUCACACAAAGAAUAUGAAAAUGCCGUUGCGCAAGCGAGGUAUAUCAAAGAUGUAGCUCUGGGGUAUCUUGAGACGGAGGCUGAGAAGGAGAUGGUCUCACGUCAUUGGCCUUUUGAUGACCAUGACGAGGAUGAGUAAUUAGAAUUAGGACAUUGACAUGAAUACCUAGACCAAGACUACCGGUUGAACAAUACAUGGCUAGAAUAACAUAUACCCAACAUAUUACAAUACUACUCAGUAGUACAGCAAUG